GCAUGCCGGCUUGGGCUCGCUGGACAGCGCGGCCUUGCCGUCCAUUCGCCCUUCUCAAAGUCCGAAAUUCAAACUGUUGUCUUCCCCGGAGACGUUUCUCCGAGCUCCAUCUUUGCACGGACCCACGCUCAUGUCCAGAACCGCUUGUCGCGCAGAGUCCGCGGGGUUGGGUGCAACAGCGAAUGAAAACACUGAGACAUGAGCGGCCUGCGCUGUGUAUUAGAGCACCCGGGCCCCGGACGGACGACCCUCUCUUAAUCGUCCUCGACCCGCCGCUCUCAGCACUGCCGCCAUGUCUCCCAACCCUGUCCGACCCCCACUCGACGGCUCGAUCCCCGUCAUCCCGGCGUUCAUCGACUUUCAUGCCGAGCACAACCCCGACCGACCCUGGGCCAUCCUCUCUGCUGGCCAUGAGAAGCCCAGCGAGGCCGUCUCGUUCGCUGAAUUCGCCCGCGCUACCCAUCGAGUCGCCCACAAGCUGCGGCCAGACAGGUCGGGGCCCGAGAACGCCGUCGUCGCCGUCGUCGUCAACUGCGACUCUGUAGUCUAUCUCGCCUUGUUGGCAGGCAUGAUAAGAGCAGGACUAGUGCCGUUCCCCAUGUCUCCCAGGAACUCUGCUCCCGCGAUAGUCAGCAUGCUCAAGCGCACAUCCUGCCACCGGAUGAUCUGCCAGCCCAGCCUAGACCCCUUGCUCGCCAACAUCCAGUCCGAGCUCGAGUGCGACAAACACGCCCUUCAGGUCGACGCCCUCCCCGAGCUCGAGGACAUUUUCCCAUAUCUGAGCGGAAAGAGCGCCUCGGAGCCGUGCAAGCCCUACCCGCCUGGCAACAAGACCUUUUCCGCAGACGACACCGUCUUCUACCUUCACUCGUCCGGCUCCACCGGCUUUCCAAAGCCAGUCCCCCAGCGCCAGGCCGCCAUGCUCCACACCUGCAACGCCUCGAUCAUCGUCGACGCCGCGGUCCGCGGCGUCGUCUGGGGCGCCAUGGCGCUGCCCACGUUCCACGCCAUGGGCAUAUACAUCCAGCUCUACGCGCCUCUCGUGAGCGCACUGCCCGUGUGCCUGUUCGCGCCCCGGGCGCCCGCGUCGCCGGUGGUCCCCACCCCGCGCAACACCCUCGACGCCGCCGUGGCCGCGCGGUGCACCGGCAUCCCGACCGUGCCCGCUUUCGUCGACGCCUGGGCGCAGUCGAAGGAAGACGUAGAGUACCUCAAGACCCUGAAGAUCGUCGCAUUCGCUGGCGGGCCGCUGUCGUCCAAGACCGGCGGCGAGCUCGUGGCGGAGGGCGUCCGCCUCUACCCCUGGUACGGCGGCACCGAGUUCGGGCCGCACACGAGGGUCUUCGACAUGGCCGACGACGCCCCGCCGAGCGCGGCUCCGGCCGACGCGAAGACGCGGGCGGACUGGGAGUGGCUGUCGUUCUCGGAGCGCGUGCGCUGCCGGUGGGUGCCCGAGGGCGACGGGACGUUCGAGCUGCAGUACUUGACGUGUGCGACGCACCGGCCGAGCGUCGAGAACUUGGAGGACACGAGAGGGUAUGCGACGAGCGACUUGUGGGAGCCGCACCCUUCGAAACAGGGCCUGUGGCGCAUAACCGGUCGCAAGGACGACGUGAUCGUCCUCGGUUCUGGCGAGAAGGUCGUGCCGAUCCCGCAAGAAGGGCUCAUAGCCUCGUCGCCCAUGGUACACGGAGCGGUCAUGUUCGGCCGCGCCAGAAACCAGUGUGGCGUUCUCGUGGAACCCAGCGAGGGUCAUGCCAUUGACACGAACGACGCCGUCGCUCUGUCGGUAUUCAGGAAUAUGAUAUGGCCGGUUGUUGAGGAAGCGAACCGCGCCGCUCCUGCGUUCGCAAAGAUAUUCAAGGAAAUGGUCAUCAUCACAGACCCAGCUAGACCUCUACCUCGCGCCGCCAAGGGGACAAUCGUCCGGAAGCAAGCGCUAGCUGUUUAUGAGAGAGAAAUCAACAACUUGUAUGCGACUGUAGAACAGAGCGGGAACACCGAAAACAUCCCGCCGCCGCCUUCCUGGACGGUCCCCGACGUGCAAGCGUGGCUCCAGAAACACGCCUGCAUCCUGACCAACCGCGACACCAUCCCGCCGUCCAAGGAUCUGUUCGACCAAGGGUUCGACAGGUGA